UUGUUAUUGCUCUUUCUGUGCUGUUUCCGUCCAUCCUGUGCAUGAAAAAAACAUUUUUCUAUUGUUGAUUGCUGAGUGGAAUUCAACCAGACAAAUCAUUCUCCUGUGACUUUCCUUAUAAUCUAAUCGGAGCUGUUCGAAGGAUGCUUUCAUAACGGCAAGAAUAGUGCUAACAUGUUCACCUUCAUCUAGAAAUGCCCUUCUUGUCGUUCCUCUUACUCGUACUAAGCUUUGGCUUACCUGACGUUCGAUGUUCUGCUGCUGCUGCUUCUUGUCCCAUGAGUUUUGAGGCUCUAGAGAGGCUCAUCAAUGGCAGCUCUCAACCACUCAAGUUCCUUGAUAUCCAAUCCGAGUGCCACUAUGUGCUUCAAGGCCUCUGGCUUGUUCGGUCGGACUACAUUCGGACCACGGGAUACUUCUUCCCACCCCAAAACUCUUCUGAGGCCUGCUGGGAUUCGUACCAGAGAGUGAUAAACUCGGCCAUAAAUGAUUUUGAUGUCAGAUCAACCUGUGGGUUCAAGACCAGCCUGAUCUCUGAGACCUGCAUGAACAUCUCUACCCGGUCGGACUUUGAGAGGCUCGUUCCAGAGUCUAAACUGAACGAUGUCUCGAGUUCUUGCAAUCAAUCCCUGGAGGAUGAUUCUUCUUGCAAGUCUUGCAUGAACAGCUUGGACAGCAUUCAGGGGCCGUGGUCGUCUCUUCAGGGCUCGUUUAAUGGGAACAGGUCCGACUGCAGUGGGUACCCAUAUGUUUAUGCUGCAGGUGUCGUGAAUCCAUUUGGACCAACGGAUUCAGGGACGUACAGGUGCUUGUUUGGGCUUGAUUUCAGUUCCACUGCCAAGAAGAAGCACAAACAUGGGCAGGUCUUUUGGGGGAUUGUGACAGGCUGCACUAACGGGUUAAUUGGGGCAUUGGCGGUGCUCUGGCUUCUGUGGGCUUGCCACUUGAGGAGGAGGAGGAGAAGGAGGAAGAACACAGACUCUCUACCCGAGGCAGAGUCGGGGGGAGUUAUCCAUGGAAAUGCUUUCCCAUUUAGGUUCACAAUCGAAGAGAUCAAGAAAGCUACGAACAACUUCUCUAGGGAGAAUAUAAUUGGAAAAGGUGGGUAUGGAAAUGUCUACAAGGGAACAUUGCUGGAUGGGUCUGAAGUGGCUUUGAAACGAUUCAAGAACUGCGCUGCUGCUAAUGAUUCUGUCUUUGGCCACGAAGUCGAAGUCAUUGCGAGCGUUCGGCACGUGAAUUUGGUGGCCCUGAGGGGCUACUGCACAGCCACACUACCCUUAGAAGGCCACCAGAGGAUAAUAGUGUGUGACCUGAUGCGGAAUGGGAGCCUCUAUGACCAUCUCUUUGGGUCAUCCUCGUGCCAGCUCCUGAGCUGGCCUGCCCGUUGGAGGAUCGCACUGGGGACAGCCCGUGGGCUGGCAUACCUACACUAUGGGGUCCAGCCUGCGAUCAUCCACAGGGACGUAAAGGCCAGCAACAUACUCCUGGAUGAAACCUUGGAGCCCAGACUAGCUGACUUCGGACUUGCCAAGUUCACCCCUGAUGGCCAGUCCCACCUGAGCACUCGGGUAGCUGGGACCCUUGGAUAUGUUUCCCCAGAGUACGCCCUCUAUGGCCAGCUGACAGAAAGGAGUGAUGUGUACAGCUUCGGGGUCGUGCUGCUCCAGCUACUGAGUGGCAAGAAUGCGGUUAUUUCGGUUGAGGACGUGGAAACGCUCCUCUUGGCAGACUGGGCGUGGUCCCAAGUUAGGGACCACAGGGUCCUCGAUGUUGUCGAUGAAGGGAUACCUGAAUUAGCAGCUCCUGAGGUCAUGGAGAAGUAUGUUUUGCUGGCCGUUCUCUGUUCUCACCCGCUGCUACAUGCUCGGCCUUCGAUGGACCAAGUCGUGAAGAUUCUUGAGACCGACUCCCCGGUCCCUUCCAUCCCCGACCGCCCACCUUCUCUGCUAUCCAUGAUCAAUCAGGUGGAAACAUACUCGAGUUCCAGCAACUCCUACAGUCCCAUUUCCCGCCCAAGAGAGUGGCCAAUGUCCAUCUCCAGGAGCGACCAUCCGAUUCUCGACAGAAGGGAUGAGAUUAGAGGAAGUUCUGAUCAGGAGUCGCUAUAGAUUAGGAAAUUGUAAAAAUAAACAUGCAUCAAACGAUUUAAGUUGAUUCUUUGAUAAGAGAAAUGUACAUAGGUGGAGGCGAAAGUUUCGAUCACUAGUAAGUUGAUUAAAUUGAUUCUUCGACUUAAAGACUGCCAGUAAUUUUUUCAAGGCUUGGGAAUGAGUUCUGGUUGAUUUCGGAGUCGCGGUUUAAAAUUUAACUUUAACUUUAACUC